CCUUGUCGUCCUCUCCGAGUCUGCUGGUGCUGCCGUCGGGGCAGGCAGCCCGGCUAGCAGCUUCCGGCCGCCCGCGCUCCUGACUGACAGGCGCCGUCCCCCACAGCCCGCGCCCCCCGCCACGUCCCCGCUCUCGGCCGGCGCACGGCGUGGCUGCCGCCGACCUCUCGGAGCCCACAGUGCGAUGCGGGCUCCCGGCUCCGGAGCCGCGCGGCUUCCCCAGCGCCGGCGCCCUGGGCCGCUGGCGUCCUCCGUUCGGCCGCUGUGGCCGCGGCUGCUGUUCCUGCUGCUGGCGGCCGUGGGGCCGGUGCGCGCCUGGGAGAGCGCUGACCUGGAGUUGUUCGACUUGGUGGAGGAGGUGCAGUCGAACUUGUACGAGUUCCUCGGGGUGCAGCAGGAUGCUUCAUCUGCAGACAUCAGAAAGGCAUAUCGUAAGCUUUCACUGACCUUACAUCCAGACAAGAAUAAAGAUGAGAAUGCAGAGACUCAGUUUAGACAAUUGGUGGCCAUUUAUGAAGUUUUAAAGGAUGAUGAAAGAAGGCAGAGGUAUGAUGAUAUUCUGAUCAAUGGACUUCCAGAUUGGCGACAGCCAGUAUUCUACUACAGGCGAGUGAGAAAAAUGAGCAAUGCUGAGCUGGCAUUACUCUUGUUCAUUAUUCUCACAGUGGGUCAUUAUGCUGUGGUUUGGUCCAUCUACCUGGAAAAACAACUGGAUGAGCUGCUUGGUAGAAAAAAGAGAGAAAAGAAGAAGAAGACAGGAAGCAAAAGUACGGAUGCAGUAAAACUCAGUGCUUCUGAGAAAAAUGAAAGAUUGCUAGUAAAACCACAAUGGCAUGAUUUGCUUCCAUGCAAACUGGGAAUUUGGUUUUGCCUUACACUAAAAGCAUUGCCUCAUCUAAUCCAGGAUGCUGGGCAGUUUUAUGCAAAAUACAAGGAGACAAAAUUGAAGGAAAAAGAAGACGCGCUGGCUAGAAUUGAAAUUGAAACACUUCAAAAACAGAAGAAAGUUAAAGUUAAAAAACCGAAACCAGAAUUUCCUGUAUAUAUGCCUUUAGAAAAUACAUAUAUUCAGUCUUAUGAUCAUGGAACUUCUAUUGAAGAAAUAGAGGAGCAAAUGGAUGAUUGGCUGGAAAACAGGAGCAGAACACAGAAAAAACAGGCACCUGAAUGGACAGAAGAGGACCUCAACCAGCUAACAAGAAGUAUGGUUAAGUUCCCAGGAGGGACCCCAGGUCGAUGGGAAAAGAUUGCCCACGAAUUGGGUCGAUCUGUGACAGAUGUGACAACCAAGGCCAAGGAACUGAAGGACUCAGUCACCUGCUCCCCAGGUGUAAGGACAGCUCAGAAGCUUACUCAGUCUGCAGCGGCAUCAGAUACGGAGGGAAUGAUCAGGCUCUCUGAACUGAAGUCAAAUGUUCAGAAUUCCAGGCCCAUCAAGAUAGCCACAGCCUUGCCAGAUGACAUCAUCACCCAGCGGGAGGACUCAGCAGGGACCAUGGAGGAUGAGAGGCCAGAGACGGCUGAGGGUGAGCAGGAGACAGUGGCCACAGAAGCCCGGCCUCGGAGGCGGAAGUCAGCCAGAAUGGCUGAGGCAGUGACCAGAGUGGAGCCAGAGGAGAAGCUAAGAGGAAAGAGGCAAAAAGACUUUGAUAUAGCAGAACAAAAUGAAUCCAGUGACGAAGAGAACCAGAGAAAAGAAAGAACUCGUGCUACAGAGGAGGCGUGGACUCAGAGUCAGCAGAAACUUCUGGAACUGGCAUUACAGCAGUACCCAAAAGGGGCCUCCGACCGCUGGGACAAAAUAGCCAAAUGUGUCCCAUCUAAGAGUAAGGAAGACUGUAUUGCUAGAUACAAGCUGCUGGUUGAACUGGUCCAGAAGAAAAAACAAGCUAAAAGCUGAAGCUUCCGGAGAUGAUUGUUUGGCAUCAUUUUCCAAAUGAGUACUUCAGAAAUCUCAUGCAGAAAUUUACAUUUUGUACCUCAGUAUUUCUAAACGUCAUGUGCCUUAGUUUAAAAAAAAAAUCAAAAUCAAUCAAUCAUAGAUGCUCUGUGGUGCUGUUUACAGGCCUUGUGUUUUGGGGAAGGGCUGGGGUGUUUGCAGAUGUAACUUGCCCUCAGUACAAAGUUUACUUUGCUGGGAGAUUUCCAACGGUGUUCUAGCGCCAGGCAGAUAGGGGAGCAUGUGAAUGAACUGACAUGGAAGGAUUCCAAC